CGGGCUGCCGGGGACCCCCUUGGGUACUGGAGCUCCCCCGAGUACGGCCGCGCCCGGUCCCUGCCGAGAUGCUGUGGGUGCUCGGUGCUGCCAACACCCUGAUCCUGCUGCAGAGCCUCCACCCUCGCCAGCCUUCCUCCUCCUCCUCCUCCUGCUGCCCUCGAGGGCCUGCGAGCAGCCAGCCGAGCUCUGCCGAGCAGCCAGCAGGAGCCUGACGGGCCCAUCUGCCCUGUCCUGCAGCCCCAUGGCCGGGAACGCUGAGAUGGCAUCUCUGGAGGAGAGCUUCCGUAAAUUCGCCAUCUACGGUGACACCAAAGCAACGGGGCAGGAGAUGAAUGGGAAGAACUGGGCUAAGCUGUGCAAAGACUGCAAAGUCACCGACGGCAAAAGCGUCACCAGCACCGAUGUGGACAUUGUCUUCUCCAAGGUGAAAGGGAAGACAGCCCGUGUCAUCAACUAUGAGGAGUUCAAGAAGGCGCUGGAAGAGCUGGCCCCCAAGAGGUUUAAGGACAAGAGCAAAGAGGAGGCGUAUGAAGCCAUCUGCCAGCUGGUGGCAGGGAAGGAGCCCAUUAACGUGGGCGUCACGAAAGCCAAGACAGUGGGAGCCGUGGAGAGGCUGACGGACACCUCCAAGUACACGGGCUCCCACAAGGAGCGCUUCGACGAAAGCGGCAAGGGCAAGGGCAAGAGCGGGCGGGAGAACAUCGUGGACACCAGCGGCUACGUCAGUGCCUACAAGAACGCGGGCACCUACGACGCCAAAGUCAAAAAGUAGGGACGGGUGCCCGUGGCUCCACCGCCCCG